CAUCCUAAGCUGGAUUUGAGCAAACACAGUGAUUUGUUAAAUAUAGCACAACUACUCUAUACGGUUCGGUUGAGAUUUAUAAUUUGCUGUAAACGGUUAGUAAAAGUAAAAUGGUUGUUAAAGUAUAUGUUUCCGGUAUUUCCGCCAGUAAAGAGGUUAAAAAGCAUCAACAAAGAGUUUUAAUGAUAUUAGAUUCUUUAAAAGUCUGUUAUGAGACUGUUGAUAUCACAGAACCAGGCAAAGAAGACCAACGCAGCUAUAUGCAAGAAAAUUGUAAAAAAAGUUCUGGAAGAAGCGUUCUUCCACCCCAGUUCUUUAAUGAUGAAGAUUACUGUGGGGACUAUGAAGAUUUUGAGCUGGCAAAUGAAGAUGAUGAACUUAUGAAGUUUUUGAAGUUAGGUGACCAGGUUUCAAUUGGAAAAAUUACUUUGAAUGAAAGUAACUCUCAAACCACUGAUGCUGAUAAUGCAGAUGAAAUGAUUUUACAAAAUGGCAGUACAUCUCAAGAAGCUUCUGCUCCAAAAGAAGAGGUCACUGAAGAUUUGCAGAGAGAGAUUGCAGAAGAGGCAGAAGAAAAGGAAUUUGGGAAACACAAGGAAGAAUUUGAUGAAGGGUCUGAAUCAAAAGAAGCAUGGUGAAAUGGAUUCCUUAAGUUGAUUCCUGUUAUUGCUUGUCCCUGAGAACCAAGUAAACAUUGCAUGGAAGUGCUCAGUGUGAAGCAGAUUUAAUCUGUGAAUUUUUUCAUAUCACCAGUGUAAUCAAACCCACUCAGUAAAACAGAAUACAAGAGUGUAUGACAUUCACCAAGUGUUGUUUAUCAACUGAAGGAUCAGAUUAUUGCAGUAUAGUAAUUGCUUAUAUCUGUUUGAUAUUUUUAUUACAGAAAGAAAGUCAAACAUUUUUUCUUCUAGCAUAUCAAUGAAUGUUUACUGAGUGGAUUUGUGCUAGUUUUAACUUUCUGAUAUUUUCUUGCUUUCUACUUACAAUUAUCAUUAUUCAUGCUUACUAAUUCAAGCAUGACUGAUAAUUAAUCGUAGAAUUAGUGCUCUAACAAUUUUUGUUAAAACCUUUAAUUUAGGUAUUUCAUGCAUUUGUCUUGAGCUUACACCUUAAGCAGUGAUUUGAGCUGUCUUAUAAUCAUUUUAACUAUAUUUUUUUGUAUUAAAAGGAUAAAGAAACAAAUACAUUUUAAUGACAUAUGACAUGAAAAGGGGAUUUUAAAAUUGUGAUAAAAAAUAAGUGUUUGAUUUAGUGGUGUCAAACGAAACUUAACCAUUUUGUGAAAUAUAUACAUUCUCAUGGUGUACUUGAGCAUAAAAUCUCAAAAGUCAAUAGAUUAUUAUGUUUUGAGUAAAAUGGUCAACUUUGUAGUCAGUUUGUUUCAAAUUUCUCAAAAUUUGAAGAUAAACUAGCUUGACAAAUUAUAUUAGCCUUAAACUAAUUGAUUUACAUUUAAGUAAAAAUUAAUAAAGAUUACAAAUGAAUAUUCCAAAUUCUUUACAUUCAGUGAUAUUUCUAAACAUCCUUAGUUUGGACAGAAAAAGCAUUGGAAACAUUAAGGAUAUAUAUACAGGUAUAAUUGAAAACAAAAUGAUAAUAUUUCAUUAUAAUCAAGUCACAUGUUGUUCAUGGAAAAUGUUGUAUAAUGAAAUUUCAGGGAUUUUGUUUUUCAACCUUAAAUAAACCUAAAACAUCUGUGCCUUUUCUUUGCCAUCUUUACAACAUUUUUAUUUUGUUGUGAGAAAAAAGCAUGGAAGUGUUUACAUUUUGUAGCUAUUAUGUAUUUUAAAACAACAGUUGUAGGCUUAAUUCUUGUUAACAGAGUAGUACUCUUUCAUAACAAUGUUGUCAAGAAAGGAAUGUCUGGUAUACUUUAGGUAUGUUAGAAGUAUGUGUAGUAUGUAAGUGUUGGUAUACUUUAGGUAUGAUAGAAGUAUGUGUAGUAUGUUAGUGUUGGUAUACUUUAGGUAUGAUAGAAGUAUGUGUAGUAUGUUAAUGUUGGUAUACUUUAGGUAUGAUAGAAGUAUGUGUAGUAUGUUAAUGUUGGUAUACUU